AAAUGUAAAAUUUGAAUGCACUAUUAUAUAUGUAGAUUUCAGCCGUAAAUAUACCGGAAGUUUUCAAAGUAUUAGCCCCCUAUUAACUUUUUUAUGAAUUGGGAUAAAGUUAUUUGGAUUGGGGCAUGCUUAUUUGACCAACUGAGGACUUUUUUGGUUUAUGAGAAUGUUUGGCCUCCUCCCAAAAUAGGUUAGUUUGGAGGAAAUGAGGAUGAGUUCGUUCGUGCCAUUUAUACCUCACCAACCCCUGGUGCUGAGGGAGGAUCUGUUAUACAAAUCCGUAUCUUACAAGUGGAAGCUUGGGAUGAAAGCUGGUGUAACCUCCUCAGAUAUAAUUAAUGAUAUACUGCAUGAGGAUGUUGGCAGUAAAUUACCGGUUCAGCUGACAAGUCAGCAACUCUCCAGUCUGAAAUUAUCCCUUGACAAGCUUCUUGCCAAGAAAUUUGCAGUCAAAAAGCGACUCACGGAAUUGGUUAUGAAGACCACUGUUGAUCACAAGUCUGGCAUGGCAGUGAGCGCAAUGAUCUUCGCUCCCCUCAAAAUUUUGAUCCCUUCCGACUUAGUGGGUGGAAGUAAAAACAAAAUAAAACUGUUACAUGUCAUCCAAAGGACUCUGAAGUUUGGCAGGAUGGAUAUCAUCCCUUUGAAGUUUCUGAUGGAAGGGUUGACUGUCAAGGGGUGGUUGAAGACCGUAAGAGAGACAAAGAUAAGGGAGCAUGUGCUCGCUAAAGUUGUAAAGUGGAUUUGGAUAGUAACAAAAAGACUGGUUGCUUCACUAUUCUAUGUGACAGAGGGUCAGGGCUGCCACCACAAGCUGCUGUAUUUUCCCAAGAAGAGCUGGCAGAGUCGGACCGAUUCUGCCUUCAACUACCUGGUUACUAGUGGGACACUACAGCCCUUGGACAAAGUGGAGGCGGAGAGGCUGGCAGCACUGAGGAAGCCGGCAUCGCUGCGCUGGCUACCCAAGAAGAUCGGGCUUCGUCCAGUUGUCUCUGUAAAAAAUGACAAAACAGACAAUGAUGUGAUCCAUGCCAAAGCAUAUUUGAGAGGACUUCUUAUAAAGACAGGCUACUCGGAUUUGAAUGAAAAAACUUUACAUCAGAUUUGGAAGAGUGUAGUGCUGAAAAACUGUGAAGAUGGAUAUAAGAAAUUGUACAUGGUAGCUGUCGACAUACAUGAUGCCUAUGGCUCUAUGAGACAGGAUAAACUGUUGGAGAUUGUAAAGGAAACAUCUGAGUUAUAUAUGGGGGAAGAUUAUAUGAACCGAACUGUUCACAUGGAUAAGGUACAUUGGCUGAGACCUCCUAUAUGCAGAGAACUUCACAGUAGUUCAUAUGACACCAGUCCUCACAAAACAACAAUAAGGAAAGUGUCAGACUUGAUGUGUACGGUACAGAAAGCAGUACAAUACCAAACCAUCAAGAGAGAGAAACGGGCAUAUUUGGUCACCAAAGGCUUGUCUCAGGCUGUGCCAUUGUCCGCGGUCCUCUGCAAGCUGUACAUCGCCCAUUUGGACAGAACACGAUUGACGGAAUUGAGGACAAAAUCAUGUGAUACCAUGGUCAGAGCUGUGGAUGACUAUUUGUUUAUAACCCCAGAUAACUCAAGGGCAAGCAGAUUUUUGGAAGUGAUGUCAAGUGGAUUUCCAGAGUACGGCCUGUACAUAAAUCCGACAAAAACACAACACAACUUGGAAACCUGUUCAGAAAUCCAUUUCUUUGGUUAUGUAAUCGAUUCUGUUAGUUUAGAGAUUUAUGUGAAGUUUAACCAGGGUGAGAAGGCCCCUUAUAGAAAUUCGUUUAAGUUCUCAAACUGGACGAAUCCUUUAAUGGUGAUGGAGGAUAAGCUGAAGCGGAUUGUGACUUUCAAGCUGAACUCUCUAACGACUGACCUCGAUUACAUGUCUGUGGAAGGAUCUAUGUGGAACGUGUUCCAGACUGCUUGUCUAGCAGCUUGUAGCUUCAAGGCGAUGCUGGGAUCCUGGCGGACAUCAUUGGAUCUUGAAGCACUGGUGGGUUUGAUACGCUACAGUGCUGAAAACAUUGCGAAGAGAAUUCGCAGGCUCAGAUUUUCUGACGGAAUGUGGCUGCAGGAAACUCGCUGGGUGGUCAUUCGAGCAUACUGGUUGUGUUUAUCACACGGGAUAACAGAUCACAACAACUUCUUGGGUGAUCUGAUCCCAGCCGUGGAGACCCUAGAAGAGCAGAUAAGGUCAAAUGUCCGGCCCAAAACUCUUCGUCUUCUGCAGUCCAUCACUGAGUCUCUUCCUGCACAGUUCACCCACGGCCACUAGUUCCACCUCGGAAAUCUAUCUGAACACCAGUGUGUGUUAAGAGUCCAUCUCACAUGUGAAUUAUUAACAUCGUACCAGAGUUCCUUGGCUGUCAGUACGUAUUUAGUAUGGAUUUAUAGACGUUUAUGGUUACCUACAGACAAUGUACACUCAAGAUAUCAGUUUUAAUACUUUGUUGUAAAUAUUGGAUUAAAAAUGUAGUAAUUUUUUACAA